AUGAGCAACAGCAAGAUACAAUACCAGCCCCUACAGAGGCACAGACGAAGGUCCGAUCAUGUGUCUCCCACCUCACCGUCCUUUUCCAGGCGCUUCUUCGACCGUCCCAAUAAGCCCAGCGAUGGGUCGAGUCCAUCUGAAGUUACGCCGCGCACAGAUGACUCGGACAGUCCAUUGCACGGGCUCCCUCUGAGCUCACCCUCUUACGAUCGCUUUGCUGCCCUGCCUUCCGCACCUCCUACAACACAGACUUUCGGUUACGACAAUAGAUCCUUUCAGCGAACCUCUGACGAGACGGGCCGACCGAAAUUCUUCACUUCUAAUGGAUCUGGACGCCCGGCCACGAGUGAUGCCGCCGAUCAUAACCACGCAGCAAAUCGCACAAGGCUUCCAGCAGAUGCGUCCGAAUCUACCUCCCCCAGACCUCCGCCGGUAUCCUACAUGACGAGCCCUCCGGAAUACUACCAGAGAAAAUCGUUGGAUCCCUCCAUAAAGCCGGGCGACAAUCCCUUAUCGCCAACUUUUCGUACCCAUAGUUUCGAUCGUGCCGCACACGAGGAUUCCGUGCCUUCAAAGGGCCAUGGAGGCAAAAAGAGCAGGUUAAAUCUCCUCAAUCCCAUGAGCCUGUUGGCUCGACGAAGGGCGUCACAAAACCAGAAGCUUGAAGAUGUCAAUCUGAGCAUAAAGACCCUGUCCGUACCCGCUCUGCCUGACAACUUCGACCCCAGUAUUCGAGGCAAGGUUGUCCAUGACUUCUCGGCUCCGCGAACGCGGAGACUGUAUUCUCACAAUGACAUCAACUACACGGACUCUCCUGCUUUGCGCUCUGCCUACAGUCCUGAUCCCGGUCGGGCUGGCGACGCCACGCAUCAGCGAGUGGCUUCUGUUGGGACACCAAAUGUACCGCACAGUCCUAUGUUCAAAGAACACUUCCAGGACGACAGGCCAUCGUUGCAACCGGAUCGGACGGGAUAUUUACAUAACAUCAGUACUCUCGGUGCCUCGCAAAGUCCUGAGGACGCGGAGAAUGUUCCCGCGUUUGCAAAAAGACUACCUUCAACAGUUCCUCAACCAGGCGCGAAUUCUACAACCGAGACGGCUGGUACGAAGGAUCUGCCUAUACCUCCGGCGGAACCCUCCCCUGCUCCGCCGACACCGCCUCCUAAAAGAACACCGUCACCGAAAUUCGACGCGCCGCCUCCAGCAACACUUCCCAAGCAUAUGACCAGUACAUCCUCACGCUUCAGCUUUCAGAUCGGUGGCGCGGACUCUUUGGCGCAAGAAAAGCUGCUUGAGGAAAAGCAUAAACAACACCAGGCAACGAAGAAGUUGUCCGUGCCGAAUGCGGAAGACGAUGAAGACGACUUUGCGAACUUCGAUUUUGAUGACGAUGACGGUCUGGAGGAGAAGAUCCCUGGCGUCAACGCCGACUUUGAAGACUAUGAAUUCUCUGAUGUCCCCGCCGGUAACGCUUUAGAAGCCCGAUAUGCUGCUCAAAGCACCGAGCAUGAGGAUAUGGCGAAUGCGGCGGUGGAUUCUACGACAGUGAAGAGGCCGUCAUUACAAGAUUUCCAUUUCACACCACAAUCGAUGUGUUUCAGUCCUGCUUCCACGAACAACGCCUCUCAGCCUACUCCGCGAGAUCAAGAAGGAUUCCCCAUCGGGAUAGCUGAUGCCAGAGGACUCAACCCAGAAGAUCAGCGCGAGCUUGGACCAAAGGACCUGCCCAUCGACCAUGGAAUGGUUUCCAUGUUUGAUGGCCUUGGUAUUACAACGUCAGAAACGCGGGGACGGCGGCGGUCGCAGCUUACCUCUCGUCCGCAGGGUCAGGUGUUUGACGACGAAGACUUGUACUUCGAUGAUGGAGAAUUCGGCGAUGUGGAAGCCUUACCACCCGGGGAGACCGUCGACGAACAGAUCUUUGACGAUGGCCAAGGAGAAAUCCGGGAUAUCCCCGCCGAGAAUGCUCGCAAAUUCGAACUCGCCCAGAAGUUGGCCGGCAUUAAUGGUGAAGUCAAGCCGCUCUCCACCUGGGUUGGCGGACCUGAUGCCGUUGAAGAGCACGGGUUUGGGCAGGAUACCCAAGCUUCUGCCGAUCUUCGGCCGGCGAGCCAAGUUUCUCACAAUCAGCAGGGCCACGUCGCCGGCUUGACCGAAACCAAUCUCGCCGCGUAUCACGAUGCUUUGGCUUUAGCCGCAAACGAAGCAGCUGCAAAUGGCAAAUUUGAUCGCAAAGUCAGUUUCAGCCAGACAUCAGAUGAGUCCUCAGUCUCCGGACUUGGGGCCAGCCAGCAAGGCGUGAUCUCGGACGAGAGCCGCUUUAGCAACAAUUUCAGUUCAGCUAUUGCAGAGGACGAUGGCUUUCCCUUUGACGACGACCUCGACGACGACCCCAUGAUCGCCGAGGCUAAUGCCGAGGUCUUGGCCAAUGACGACGAUGGCUUUUACGGACAGGAAUUUGGGUUUUACGGCCGCGCACUUGGCAAGGGAACGGCGGAGAUGGUCAAUGGCGGCUAUUUCGCUGAACGCGGCUCCAGUGGUAUCAAGCGGAGCCAUAGUGGCAAAGCCAACUUUCAGGAACCAAGUUUGACGCCCAUCACCGAGCGAAGCGAAUGGAGUACCAGGAACUCGGUAGUAUCGCUACAACUCCCGGGCGGAGUUCCUGGGUCAGCACAAUCCCUGCCAAGUCCGGGGAUUGCGCAGCUUCUGGAACUCGAUUCUCCUGCGUACGACGACGACAUGAGCUUUAGCGCUCUAAUGAAACUUCGUGGCAGAGCAUUCGGGGGUAGUUCCUCCAGCGUGAACAGCUUGGGAAGCGGACAUCCUGCCACUUCCCCACUUGCUCAUGUGUCCAGUCACCCGUUCGCGUACCCGACGGAUCUUGGCUCGGGUCGAAUGUCCUCGUCCAUGAUGCAAGACCGGUCGUCGCCAGUCGGGAUCCCGGAGUCGGAAGAAGAAGAUGACGAUGAAGGAGGAAGGGCGACGUUGACUCAGAACACGCCGCGGAAGAAACCGACCGUGCCAGUUGCCUUUACGUCGCAAGAGAAAAUGCCUUCGUCGCCAGCACCAUUUGCUGGCGCGGACAGGAGAAAGGGACACCACAGCCGGACCAGUAGUGGUGCUGAGAGCGUCAGUUACGCUCGAGACACUGAUGGUCGCUGGGUGCUGGAGAGAAGGCGGACCGACGAGGACAGUGGCACAGAAUUCAUCGAUCGUGAGUAUAUCGCGGCUGCCAGGAUCUGA